AUGUUGGGUCUGAGGGAGAAGGCUGGGGGCCAGGAGGUGAAGAGGCUGGCACCUGAAUGCCCGUCGCUGCACACCGUACUGAACGAGCUCCCCAGUUUUGCCACCCUGCGGUACCGCGGCCCAGGGGUGCAGCCCUGGGGGGCCCUGGAGGAGGUGGAAGAGGAGAAGGAGGAGGACGCCCAGCAGGAGCUGCAGGACCCUAGGCCGUCCCGGGAGCUGCCCUGGCCCAUGCAGGCUCGGCGGGUGCAUAGGCAGCACCAUGCCCGGGACCAAGCAGCUCAGGCCCUGGACUCUAGGAUGGCCCACUGGGCCCUGAAGCUCCGGAGGUCGAGGGAGAAGCUGCGGAAAGGCCUGAACGCCCUGAAACCCUGGGCCUGGACACUGAAGAAGAUCGGGGGCCAGUACGGCGCGGGCACCGAGUCCUACUUCUCCCUGCUGCGCUUCCUGCUGUUUCUGAACAUGGUGGCAUCGGUGCUCAAGGUCUGCAUGGUGCUGCUCCCCACCUGGCUGGGCCCGGCGCCCCCGGGGCCCCCCGGGGCUGGCAACGGAACCUGCGGCUUCUAUGACCCGCUCCCGCGCGGCCUGGUGUCCUUCCCCACGCAGCUCUUCAACCUGCUCUCAGGAGAGGCCUUUCUGGAGUGGUCUCCGCUCUUCUACGGCUACUACCCGCAACGCCCGCACCUGGCAGUCGCCUACCUGUGCUGCACUUUGACCGUGGGCCUGGUCUCCCUGCUGCUCAUCCUGCACCGCUCAGUGUCCGGGCUGAAGCAGACGUUACUGGCCGAGUCGGAAGCCCUGACCAGCUACAGCCACCGGGUCUUUUCCGCCUGGGACUUCGGCCUCUGCGGCGACGUCCAUGUGCGGCUCCGGCAGCGCAACAUCUACUACGAGUUGAAGGUGGAGCUGGAGGAAUCGGGCGUGCGGCGCCGGGCUGCGGUGCGGACGCUGGGGCAGCAGGUCCUGGUGUGGUCGCUGCGGACGCUGCUCAACCUGCUGGUGCUCGGGCUUCUGGGUGCCGCCUUCUAUGGAAUCUACUGGGCCACGGGCUACACGGUACAGCUGCAGGAGACAUCCGUGAUCCAGCAGUCGUCGCUGCUGAAGCUCGGGGUGGAUUACCUGCCUUCCAUCUUCAUCUCCGGGGUCAACUUCCUGCUGCCUCCUGUGUUCAAGCUCCUGACCCAGCUGGAGGGCUACACCCACAGCCGCCAGAUCAUUCUCAUCCUCCUCAGGACCGUGUUUCUCCGCCUGGCCUCCCUGUUGGUCCUGCUGUUCUCCCUCUGGAAUAAAAUCACUUGUGGAGAUGAUGCUGAGAAAGAAGCUUGCAAGGCCUGUGGGUAUAACUACAAAGAACUUCCGUGCUGGGAGACUCGGGUCGGACAGGAGAUGUAUAAGCUGCUGGUGUUUGAUCUGCUGACAGGGCUGGCUGUCAUGCUGCUCCUACAGUUUCCUCGGAAGCUGUUUUGUGGGCUCUGUCUGGGGUCGCUGGGUCACAAGCUGGCAUCCCAAGAGUUCCAGGUGCCGGACGAAGUGCUGGGGCUCAUCUAUGCGCAGACGGUGGUCUGGGUGGGGAGUUUUUUCUGCCCGCUCCUGCCCCUGCUCAACCUGGCCAAGUUCCUGCUGCUUUUCUAUAUGAAAAAGCUCACCCUCUUCUCCACCUGCUCUCCGGCCUCCCGCACCUUUCGGGCCUCAGCGGCGAAUUUCUUUUUCCCGCUGGUGCUUCUCCUGGGCCUGGCCCUCUCUGCCGUCCCGGUGUUGUAUAGCAUCUUUCUGAUCCCCCCUUCUAAGCUGUGUGGCCCAUUUCGGUGGCAGCCGUCCAUCUGGAAUCAGAUCCCAGAGUUGAUUCUCAACCUUCCUCAGCCCACCCAGAAUUUUCUCUUCUUCCUGGGCACCCAGGCCUUCGCGGUGCCCCUUCUGCUGAUCUGCAGCAUUCUGAUGGCCUACACCUUGGCCCUCGCUAACUCCUACGGACGUCUCGUCUCUGAACUGAAACAGCAGAUUCAGAAGGAGUCUCAGAACAAAGUCUUCCUGGCUCAGCGCGCCGUGGCACUCAGUGCUGCCCAGGCGUCUCUGUGA